AUGACCCCAGGUUACAUCACUGAUGAUGUGUCCAGGGGCACCAGAGGACAGGACUGUCAAAAUUUAUGGGAUCUCUUUGAGAAGGCUUAGGUGAACAAGGAUCCAUGUAACGUUCCAAUGGAAGCUUAUGAUCCCCUGAUUGCUGCAGCCCCCUUCAAACCAGACUGUAACAAAGUGAUGUUCUGGAGCGACAUGAAGGAUUUGGUCCAUGAUUUAACUGAGAAGAGAAAGGACUGUUUUUUCACUUUGGAGGACACUCUGUUGGGAUCUGUCCUGGAUGGUCUGAUGUGGUGUGGAAAAGAAGGCAAAAACGGUACUUUCUCUAGUGGGUGCCCCGAAUGGUCAGAGUGUGAAAACAACCCUGUUCGUUCAUUUUGGAGAAGUGCCUCUGCUGCUUAUGCAGAUGCUGCCUGUGGUGAUGUCACGGCAAUGCUAAGCGGGUCCACCACCACACCAUUUGAUCCUACAAGUAUUUUUGCAAGCAUUGAGGUGAUGAGGCUUAAAGCCCCUGGGGUCAGUAGCCUGAAUGUUGUUAUGGCCUUGAAGAAGAACACCAAAUCAGACUGUACAAAUGCAUCCUUGAAGAAUUUACAGAAUCAGUUAGAUCCAAACAUAACAUACACCUGCAAAGACGUGGCUGAACAUCGGGUUGAGCAAUGCGGGUCCCAACCAGAGAUAACGUGUGGAGCCUGCUGGUGAAGACGUGUGAUUAGAUCAGACACAACACAGUACCACUGAGUAUUUUUGUACAUGUGAAAUAUAUUUGUCUAAUGAACGUCUCUAACACAGCUGCUAUCUCCUGGUUGGCAGAAUAUGUAUUAUUGUCAAAAUAAAUGUUAACAUACGAGAUUGUAAACUU